AUCCACCGUCCCCAGACAAAUUCCGGAAAUGUUGAGACGUCAUUCAUUUGAUUCGCCCUUGUUGAGUUUUCUACUCUGCUGGCGGUCAAAGCAUGGAAGCCAAGCUAGAAGUAUGUAUUUCUACUCCGUAGCGUGCGUAGCAUUGUCGAUCGCUCUGAUAAAAGACUGUGGAGCUCUCGAUGGCCCUGCCAGGCACCCGGCGUUCGGCAGUCGGAGUCCAAUCAUGAGACAACCUUGCAAGUCUUGGUCUUGGUGCAACAAUGAUGUUAGCUUUAUAGUAAAGUCUUUUGAGCCUCAACUUACUUACAGAAAAUCACGUAGGUGACGGGAAACUGCUCACGUACGUGCUUGUUUAUGGAGUUAGAGCCUGGCACAUCUGAGGCUCCCUGUGUGGCAUCCACACAGGCCAGUGUUAUAAGUGCAAGUUGCGUUCAAACUAUUGUAUGGCACCCCGACGCCUUCAAGUGGAACACCUUGGAACUACGGGAAAUACGUUGGAUUGAACAUGAACCCCCCGAGAUCGAAACCUCGCUCCUUGGAGUGAAGUUUCGAUUUUUACUUUUUUGUCUUCGUCACUUUCUUACUCUUUCAAUACUCUUAGGUAGUUUAAGGGUAUUUCACAUCCCUGAGGAGGCAAGAAAAUAUCAGACCUCAAUGCAACUCAGCAAAGGGUAUUCUAAGUCUAUACUAAUAUUUUAAACCUAUGCUAAGUUACCUAAAUCUUUUUAUCAUGCAGGAUCAAGGUCCUGAGUUUUCUUUCCU